ACGACUUGGCCACACACACACACUAAAAAAGAAAAAAAACUAAGCGUUGAAAAUUGUGUGUAAUUGUUUGUAUCGAUCGGUUGAGAAGUGCCUCUCUUGUUUUCUGAUUUUCUCUCUCUUUUAUUGUUCUUUACACAUUCUUCUUCUACUUUGUUUUUGUUUUUGUUUUUGUUUUCUCACCUCCUCGUCUCUUCUUCCAUGGCCAUCGGUGAAAAUAAAAGAGGAGAUAUAUAUUUAAUUUAAUAUAAAUCUUAUAUUUGCGUAGGUGGUUGAUUAAUGAAGUUAUCGCCUCUGAGUUUCUCAACGCAAUCUAGUUUCAGUCACGGCGGAGAUGGCUACGACGACGGUGUGGAGUUAAGACCGUCACCAUCCACCGGCGGCGCAAUGCUGCCGGUUUUUCUCAACGGUUUGACUCGUGAUGGAGACUCUGGAAGCGGAAGCAGCUGGGAAAGAGAGCUCGUGGAGGUGACUCUGGAGCUCAACGGCGACGACUCCAUCGUCGUCUGCGGAAUGUCGGAGGCCACGUCUGAUUCUCAGCCGAGAUCGGUUAAUGUCUCGGGAAGGUUAACGAGGAGUCUAUCCACGACGCCGACGAGGAUCAGGCAGACGUUCGGGAGGUUACUAAGGUCGGAUUCAAUGAGACCAACGACUUCUUCAGUCUCCGCGACGGAGACGGGAAGGUUAACGAGGAGUCUAUCCACGACGCCUUCGAGGAUCCACAAGACGUUCGGGAGGUUACUGAGGUCGGACUCGACAAGAACAACGACUUCUUCAGCCUCCCGGGAGAGAGAUUUGGAGCGUCAGACGGCGACGGAGACGACGGGGAGGUUAACGAGGAGUCUAUCGACGGCGUCUUCGAGGAUUCGGAAGACGAUUGGGAGGUUACUGAGGUCGGACUCGACGGCUUCUAGAGAUGUGGAGCGUCAGGGAGCGGCGGGGACAGAGACGCCGAUCAUGUCCGCGAGGAAUAGACGGAGGGAAAACGCAAUUCUACAGCGAUCAACGUCGAGCGCAAAGAGAGCGCUUAAGGGAUUACAAUUCAUCAACAAAACCACGAAAGGAAACAGCUGCGAUUGUAAUCGUGAUGGCGAUUGCGAUUGCGAUUGCGAUUGCGAUCAGAUGUGGAAGAAAGUUGAGAAACGAUUCGAAUCGCUUUCUAAAGAAGGGUUGCUUGCGCGAGAAGAUUUCGGAGAGUGCGUUGGGAUGAAGGAUUCGAAGGAGUUCGCGGUUAGUGUGUUCGAUGCUUUGGCUAGAAGAAGAAGACAGAAGCUGGAGAAGAUAACGAGCGAUGAACUUCACGAUUUCUGGUUACAGAUAUCUGAUCAAAGCUUCGACGCGCGUCUUCAAAUCUUCUUCGAUAUGGUUGACAGCAAUGAAGACGGGAGGAUCACUAGUCAAGAAAUCAAAGAACUUCUAAUGCUAAGCGCAUCAGCAAACAAGUUAGCAAAACUCAAGGAACAAGCAGAAGAGUACGCAUCUCUGAUCAUGGAAGAACUCGAUCCAGAGAAUCUUGGAUACAUUGAGUUAUGGCAACUCGAGACACUCUUACUUCAGAGAGACGCAUACAUGAACUACAGUAGACCGCUUAGCACGACAAGCGUUGGAAUGAGUGGAAUGAGUUCACCAAGACGGAAUCUCAUUAGACCUCGUCAUGUGGUUCGAAAAUGUAGACAAACGCUUCAGUGUUUGGUUCUAGAUAACUGGCAACGAAUAUGGGUUCUGUUAUUAUGGGUCAUUCUUAUGGCCCUUCUCUUCGUCUGGAAGUUUUUUCAGUACAGAGACAAAGCUGCGUUUAAAGUCAUGGGUUAUUGUUUAACCACUGCUAAAGGAGCUGCAGAGACUCUCAAGCUCAACAUGGCUCUUGUUCUGUUACCUGUUUGUAGAAACACCUUGACUUGGCUGAGAUCUACACGCGCUCGAGCUUUUGUUCCUUUUGAUGAUAACAUCAACUUCCAUAAGAUUAUUGCUUGUGCCAUAGUGAUUGCGAUACUUGUUCAUGCUGGUACUCAUUUGGCGUGUGAUUUUCCACGGAUUAUAAAUUCGAGUCCAGCAGAUUUUGCAUUGAUCGCUUCUUACUUCCAUGGUGUUAAGCCCACAUUCAAAGACCUGAUGACAGGUGCAGAAGGAAUCACUGGGAUCUCUAUGGUGAUCUUGACAACCAUUGCCUUCACAUUAGCAUCAACUCAUUUCAGGAGAAACCGUGUGAGGCUACCUGCACCACUUGAUCGGUUAACUGGCUUUAACGCCUUUUGGUACACUCAUCACCUUCUAGUGGUUGUCUACAUAAUGCUCAUUGUGCAUGGGACCUUCCUAUUCUUUGCUGAUAAGUGGUAUCAAAAAACUACUUGGAUGUACAUCUCGGUUCCUCUGGUGGUCUACGUGGCAGAACGAAGUCUGCGAGCUUGUAGGUCCAACCAUUACUCUGUCAAAAUCCUCAAGGUUUCUAUGUUACCUGGGGAAGUACUCAGCUUAAUCAUGUCAAAGCCUCCUGGAUUUAAGUACAAGAGUGGUCAAUACAUAUUCUUGCAGUGUCCAACAAUCUCUAGAUUUGAAUGGCAUCCGUUUUCUAUUACCUCUGCGCCAGGAGAUGACCAACUUAGUGUACACAUCCGAACACUCGGAGACUGGACAGAGGAGCUACAACGAGUUCUAACAGUGGGUAAAGAUCUUUCAACAUGCCUGAUUGGCCGAUCGAAAUUCUCUGCCUAUGGCAAUACUGAUUCAUCACAACAACCAAAACUAUUAGUAGAUGGUCCAUAUGGAGCCCCAGCACAGGACUACAAAAGUUAUGAUGUCUUGCUCCUAAUUGGAUUGGGGAUAGGAGCUACUCCUUUCAUAAGCAUACUCAAGGAUCUACUGAACAACUCAAGAGAAGAACAAACAGUAAGCCAGACUCAGUGCACCAGAAGAAACCUUUUGCACCAAAUACAUAACAUCUCUUUACUUGUUCUGGCGCAGGACAAUGAAUUCAGCAAAUCAGAUUUCAGCUGGAAUAGCAAUACAUCUUCAUUUACCACAAUAACUCCAAGUUCAACACAAGGAGGGAAAAAGAAAGCAGUGAAGGCUCACUUCUACUGGGUCACAAGGGAGCCUGGAUCCGUUGAAUGGUUUAGAGGUGUAAUGGAGGAAAUAUCAGACAUGGACUGCAGAGAGCAAAUUGAGUUGCACAACUACCUUACUAGCGUAUAUGAUGAAGGAGAUGCAAGAUCAACUCUGAUAAAGAUGGUCCAGGCUUUGAACCAUGCCAAACAUGGAGUUGAUAUUCUAUCCGGGACACGGGUGAGAACACAUUUUGCAAGGCCAAACUGGAAGGAAGUCUUCAGUAGCAUAGCAAGAAAGCAUCCAAAUUCAACAGUCGGAGUGUUUUACUGCGGCAUACCAACCGUGGCAAAGGAGUUGAAGAAGCAAGCACAAGAAAUAAGUCAGAAAACAAGCACACGGUUCGAGUUUCAUAAAGAGCAUUUCUAAUUGAUGUCAGCUACGAUCAUCACUUUCCUUUUUGAGUGAGAGCUUAAAAAUCAAGCAAGCCAGUUUCAAAAAAAUAAUAAAAAAAAUCAAGCCAGCCAUUAUUUUUUCUUUUCUUCUCAUGCUAACUUCACAGUCACUUAGCAAAAUAGAUUACAUUCACUAUGUCGCAUGGAAACAUUGUCCUGCAUGUUUGUAUAGACCGGCCUAAAGGCAUGAUCAAAAUAACAAGUAAAAGUUUCUUUACCGAAUGAAA